AUGGGCAGCAAGCAACCGCAUGAGUUUAUCAGCCCCGUGUGGCGCGAUGGCAUCUUCAACGGCCGCGUCGUAUUCGUGACGGGCGGUGCCGGCGACAUCUGCAGUGCCCAGACCCGCGCGCUCGUCCAUCUCGGGGCCAACGCCUGCAUCAUCGGCCGCAACGCGCAAAAGACCGAGGCGGCCGCGCUCGACAUUGCCAAGGUGCGGCAAGGCGCGCGCGUCCUCGACAUCGGCAACGUCGACGUGCGCAGCUACGACAGCCUCAAGGCGGCGGCGGACCGGUGCGUGCGCGAGCUGGGCAGCAUCGACUUUGUGAUUGCGGGCGCGGCGGGCAACUUUGUGUCCCCGCUGGCGGGGCUGUCGCCCAACGCCUUCAAGGCGGUCAUGGACAUUGACACGCUGGGCACCUUUAACACGAUGAAGGCCACCAUCGACUAUCUGGUGGACUCGGCCGGCCGGCACCUGAGCCCGAACCCCGAGAACGCGCCGCCGGGCGGCCGGUUCCUGGCCAUCUCGGCCACGUUCCACUACACGGGGCUGCCGCUGCAGUCGCACGUGUCGGCGGCCAAGGCGGGCGUGGACUCGAUUGUCGGGUCGGUGGCGCUCGAGUACGGCCCGCGGGGCGUCAUGGCCAACGUGAUCGCGCCGGGCCCCAUUGAGGGCACCGAGGGCAUGAACCGGCUCGCGAGCCCGGACGCCGUGGCCGCGGACGCCCAGCAGGCGGACUCGCUGCAGCUGCGGCCGGGCCUCCGCGGCGGCUCGCCCGGCAUCCCGAGCGGCCGCUGGGGCACGGUGCGCGACAUUGCCGACGCCACGGUGUACCUGUUCAGCGCGUCGGGCGACAAUGUCAACGGCCACGUGCUGGUCGUGGACGGCGGCGCAUGGCGGCGGCAGGGCGGCUCGCUGGGCGUCGGUCUGGACCCGGGCAUGCAGUACCCGGCGUACCUGCUGUCGGGCGACGUGUCAACAAAGGUCAAGGACGGGCGGAAGCAGCCGAGCAAGCUGUAG